AUGUACGUGAGCUACCUGCUGGAGAAGGAGAGCCCCUCCAUGUACCCCGGCUCGGUGCGCCACGCGGGGGGGCUCAACUUGAGCGCCGCGCCAAACUUCGCGGCCGCCCCGCAGUACCCGGACUACGGCGCCUACCACGUGCCCGCCGGGCUCGGGCUGGUGGACCACGCUCAGGCGCCGGGCUCGCCCUGGCCGGCCGCCUACGGCGCGCCCCUGCGAGACGACUGGAACGGCUACGGGCAGGCGGGGACGGCGAGCGCCGGCGCCUUGCACGGAGCCAGCCCGGCCGGCUUGGCCUACAGCCCCGCCGGAGACUACCUCCCGCCCCCGCCGCACCAGCCCUCCCAGGGACCGCCGGCGGCCCCCUGCGGGCUCCCCCCUUCGGCGGGGCUGAUGCAGCCUCUCCACCCGCCGCUCGGCUCGGCUCCUCUCUCCCCUGGCGGCCAGCGGCGGAACUUCUGCGACUGGAUGAGGAAACCCACGGCGGGGGGACCCGUGAAAACCAGGACGAAAGACAAGUACCGAGUGGUCUACACAGAUCACCAGCGACUUGAGUUGGAGAAGGAGUUUCACUAUAGCCGUUACAUCACCAUUCGGAGAAAAGCUGAGCUAGCAGCCACACUGGGAUUGUCAGAGAGACAAGUGAAAAUCUGGUUUCAAAAUAGGCGGGCAAAAGAAAGGAAGAUCAACAAGAAAAAGUUACAGCAAUCUCAGCCUGGGGGAGUGCACAGUGGAUCUGAACCCAUGAGUCCUGUCUCCUCCAUGCAGGCAGGGACACCUGGCUCUGUUCCCAGUGGAGGCGUGUUGGGUGCUACUGGCUUGACCCCAACUGUUGCACAGUGA